AGGAGGUUUUCCUGGAUCCAAACACAGCUCAUCCACAGCUCGUGCUAUCCCAGGACUGCAGAAGUGUGAGAUGGGGAGAGAAUCAGCAGAAGCUUCCAUACAGAUAUGAGAGAUUCCAACAUUUGUGCUGUGUGCUGGGCCGGGAGGGGUUCUCUGUCGGGAAACACUGCUGGGAGGUGGAGGGAGAGGUGGGCAAUGAGACGUACUGGGCCAUUGGGGUGGCCAAAGAGGCCUUGAAGAGGAAGCGGGAUCGGGAGCGGACGGACACGGGGCGACCCGGGCAGUCGAUCCGGGCCGGACCGGGGCGCAGGAAGGGGCGGGAGCAGCACGGAGAGGCCGUGCCGGGAAGCGGCCGGAGCGGAAUCGCGUCCGGUUUUUGCUCCGUGGCUGCAGGUGCAG